AUGCACUACUCUCUAGUGUGCCCCAACGCUGCUCCGUCGCUGCCGGUUGAGCCGGUCGUUGAUCUAGUCUCGGGAUAUGUCCGCUGCGCCAAGCCAACCAAUGCGCUCAAACCCAUCUUGGCAGGGCGUUGGUCACAUUUUAGCGUGGCCACCGGUGCGCUCCUCGGAGAACCGUUUGGCUCAUUGGUUUCCCAAAGCUUCCAGAAAUGA